AUGGUCGAAAGUUCGGUUCAUCUAGCCGAAAGAAGAGAAGCGGCCCUAAAAGUGGCCGAAGGAUUGGAGGCCGAUUCACCAUAUUCGGCCAUUAAGUCAAAUUCGGCUUAUCUAGCCGAACAAAGGCACACAGAACUCGAAACAUGUGUGAUUCAAGAAGGAUCGGUUCUAGAGACCGAAGGCAACGAUGUCCGGCUUGAUUGCAUCUACGAUGAUGCACCGAUUAGCUUCGAGAAAGAUUCAGCUCGAAAAGGACCAAAAAUGGAGGCACAAGAUCCCUUAGAAGAAGUGAACCUUAGAGAUGAGAAGGGGCCGAGGCCAGUAAAGCAACCACCUAGGAGAUUUGCACCAGAGAUUUUGCCAAAAAUCAAGGAAGAGAUUGAAAGGCUCCUUAGAGCAAAGUUUAUUCGUACAACCAGGUAUGUUGACUGGAUCUCGAACAUAGUACCUGUGAUUAAGAAAAAUGGAUCUCUUAGAGUUUGCAUUGAUUUUCGGAAUCUAAAUACUGCUACACCAAAAGAUGAAUACCCUAUGCCAAUAGCCGAUAUGUUAGUAGAUUCGGCAGCAGGUAAUGAAAUUUUAAGUUUGUUAGAUGGUUAUUCAGGGUACAACCAAAUUUUUAUCGCUGAAGAGGAUAUAUCGAAAACAACUUUUCGAUGCCUUGGGGCUUUAGGAACUUAUGAAUGGGAGGUAGAGCAUCAAGCUGUUUUCGAGGAGAUAAAGCAAUAUCUGACAAAACCACCAGUAAUGGUUCCGCCAAAGAAAGGUUUUCCCUUGAAGUUAUAUAUCUCGACAUCAGAAGAAACUAUUGGGAGCAUGCUAGCUCAAGAAGACGAAAAUGGUGUCGAAAGAGCAGUUUACUAUCUUAGUCGAAUGUUGAUAGGUGCAGAAUCUCGAUAUAGUCCAAUCGAGAAAUUAUGUUUGUGUCUAUAUUUUUCUUGUGAGAAAUUGAAAUAUUAUAUUAGGCCUUUUGAUGUACAUGUUUAUUCACAUCACGAUAUAAUAAAAUAUUUCUUGUCGAAACCUAUCCUUCAUGGUAGAGUUGGAAAAUGGGCGUCGGCUUUAACAGAGUAUUCUCUAAUUUACAAACCACUAAAAUCUGUAAAAGGCCAAGUUGUUGCUGAUUUCGUUGUUGAUCAUUCGAUUCCAAUCAAAGAAGUAGAUUUUAUAAGUCUAAAGUCAUGGAAAUUGUACUUCGAUGGAUCUAGUCAUAGAAAUGGAAUUGGAAUCGGAAUACUGAUAAUUUCACCAGACGAAAUCCCAACGAAAUUACUCUUCGAGAUAAAAUCAGCUUGUUCAAACAAUGAAGCUGAGUACGAAGCAUUAUUAGCUGGACUUGAAAUACUGUUAAAUUUCGGGGCAAGAAAUGUAAUCAUUCGAGGAGACUCUGAGUUAGUAAUAAAGCAGUUAACCAAAGAAUAUAAAUGUUUAAGUAGAAACCUCGUCGAAUAUUGGGUAAAAGUGAAUAAGUUAUUACAAAAAUUUGACAAAGUCAUUCUAGAACAUAUUCCUCGAAACAAAAAUCAAGAGGCCAAUGAAUUAGCCCAAAUUGCCUCGAAAUAUAGAAUUUCAGGUGAAAACCUGGCAAAAUUAACAGAGAUAAGGGAGAAGUUAGGGUCAGCAAACCUUGAGAUCUUAAACAUAAAUGACUUAACUGACCAAGAUUGGAGAAAACCUUUAGUCAAUUAUCUCAAGGACCCCAACAUUCCAACUGAUCGAAAAACAAAAUUUCGAGCAAUUAACUAUACAAUUGUGGUUGACGAAUUGUAUAAAAGGGGUGUUGAUGGCACUUUACUUCGAUGUCUUAACGAACAUGAGGCUUAUAUUGCCCUGGCAGAAAUCCAUGAAGGGAUCUGCGGAGCUCAUCAAGAUGGAGAAAGAAUGAAAUGGAUGUUACUUCGAGAAGGAUUGUACUGGCCCUCGAUGAUUAAAGAUUGCUUUGACUACGCAAAAUCUUGUGACGAAUGUCAAAAGCAUGGUAAUAUUCAACACGUUCCAGCUUCAGAAUUACAUUCAAUAAUUAAACCAUGGCCUUUUCGAGGCUGGGCUCUGGAUUUAAUUGGCCAAAUUCAUCCUCCUUCGACAAAAGGCCAUAAAUAUAUCAUUGUAGCUGUCGACUAUUUUACGAAGUGGGCUGAGGCAGUUCCAUUGAAAGAAGUUACUCAGAGUGAUGUUGUUAAUUUUAUCGACGAAUAUAUAAUUCAUCGAUUUGGUAUACCAGAAACUUUGACAACGGACCAAGGAACUGUUUUUGCCAAUGGACAAGUGGAGGCAGUAAAUAAAAUUUUGAUCAAGUUAAUUAAAAAACACAUUGGAUCAAAACCAAGAAAUUGGCAUGACACUUUAAGCCAAGUAUUAUGGGCAUAUAGGAAUUCUCCAAAUGAGGCCACGGGGACAACCCCAUUUCGACUUGUUUAUGGCCAUAAAGUCGUUUUACCUGUUGAAGUGAAUCUACAAUCAGUUAGAUUACAGCGGCAAUUCGAGUUACCAAGUUAA